UGUCCUGAAGGUGGAUGCUGAGGAGCUAUGAUCCGCCAUCAAGUCAGCUGGCAGGGAGCCCCGCCCAGCUGGGCUCUGCAACUGUGGCAGUUCGGGGGGAGACACGUCCUGGAAACGCCUGGACAGGAAGAGCGGCUCUGACUGACACGUGGACUUGACGCGGCGCUCCCCUGGAGUCUGGCUCGCUUUGCGGAUCAGACCCGCGAGAUUCUGCAGGACUGUCAGAAGACGGACGAGACGGUUCGCUGGCCAAGCUGGUCCUGAGCUAGCACCUCUCGGCACUGGCCAGCCCUCCCUCAACGAGCUCUCUUCUAUCCCCAGCCUCCCUGGAGAGACACUGGUGCUCUGCAGACUGCCUGGGACACUCGCUGGACUGGUACUGCCAGUCUACGGCUUUGCAGUCAUGGGAAAACACGCCCGAGUCAUCCCAGCAGAUCCUUAGAGGAGCUUCUCCCCCUUGCUUCCAUUCGCCCCAGGGGAUUAUGUCCUCGGGUCACUGCAAACUUGGGGCCGCGCCGGUACAUCACCAGUGUCACCAGCAGCUCCAGCAUCAAUUGUCACUCCAGCCGCCACUAGGGUCCAAAACACCUAAUUCUGAAAAGAUGAAGAGAGAUGUCAGCGCAGAGACAUAUUGGUCCAGGUCUGAAUGCCAGCUUUGGACUGUAAUGUUAUUAUUGGGGACAUGUCUCCUUUACUGUGCCCGGGUCACCAUGCCCAUCUGUGCUGUCUCCAUGAAUGAAGAUUUUGGAUGGAACAAGAAGCAGUCUGGAAUUCUGCUAAGUAGCUUCUUCUGGGGUUACUGUCUAACUCAGAUCAUGGGAGGCCACCUUGGAGAUAGGAUCGGAGGAGACAAGGUCAUCUUGAUCUCAGCCUCAGCCUGGGGUUUCAUCACAGCUAUUACUCCAUUGCUUUCCCAAAUCAGCAGCGCCCAUUUGGUCUUUAUGACACUCUCUCGAAUACUUAUGGGGUUCUUUCAAGGGGUUUAUUUCCCUGCUUUGACGAGCCUAUUGUCUCAGAAAGUCCGAGAGAAUGAGCGAGCAUUCACCUAUAGCACUGUGGGUGCAGGUUCCCAGUUUGGAACCCUGGUGAUUGGAGGAGCUGGCUCUCUGCUCUUGGACUGGUAUGGCUGGCAGAGUGUCUUCUACUUCUCAGGUGUACUCACUUUGAUUUGGGUCUAUUUUAUGUGCAGAUACCUGUUAAAGGAAAAAGAACUGGUAAUAUCCUUGGGAAUUUUGGCAAAAGGCUUUUCCAUUUCCAAGCAGAAAAAAGUUCCCUGGAGACAGUUAUUUCGGAGACCUCCUGUGUGGGCAGUCAUAUUUGCUCAGCUUUCUUCUGCUAGCUCAUUUUUCAUCCUCCUUUCCUGGCUGCCAACCUUCUUUAAGGAAACUUUCCCCAAUUCUAAGGGCUGGGUGUUCAAUGUUGUUCCCUGGCUGAUUGCAAUCCCUACCAGCAUUUUUAGUGGGUUUCUUUCGGAUCACCUCAUCAGUCAGGGUUAUAGAACCAUCACUGUGCGCAAACUGAUGCAGGUGAUGGGGUUAGGUGUGUCCAGUGUGUUUGCCUUGUUUCUGGGUCACACAAGGAGCUUUUGUAAAUCUAUCAUAUUUGCAUCAGCUUCAAUUGGACUCCAGACUUUUAACCACAGUGGAAUUUCAGUUAACAUUCAGGACCUGGCCCCAUCCUGUGCUGGCUUUUUAUUUGGGGUAGCAAACACAGCGGGAGCUUUGGCAGGUGUUAUUGGGGUGUGCUUGGGAGGAUAUUUGAUUGAAACUACUGGCUCCUGGACUUCAGUUUUCAAUCUUGUGGCCAUCAUUAGCAAUAUAGGACUUUGCAUGUUCCUGGUAUUUGGAGAAGCCCAGAGGGUGGAUUUCAGCUCUGCUUAUGAAGAUCUUUAAUUCCCUGGCCUCAUGCUGGAAGCUGACCACUGAGACAACAAAAUGUUGCAUUUCUAUUUGAAUAUUCAUGGGGGGAACAUCCAAUUUCUAAGGGAAAAGGUUAGUUCAUUCUAUUGAUAAUGAAAACCAGAGGCAAAAUUGAAGGCUUGAGGAAAAUGGAGAAGCAGCAAAGAUCUGCUCAGAUAUUAGAUGUAAUUAUUUGUUGGAAUCCUCUACCUUUAAGUCUUCCCUAAUCAUAAUAAGAGCCUGUUCUAUGCAGACUGGGAAAUUAUCUUGCAGAAUACCUUUAGGAAAAUGUGGCCUUGAACAGCCUAUUGAUCUAUGAGUGGCAUUUAAUCUUUGAGAGAAAUCUCAGGCAUAAAACAGUUUGUGUAUUGGUAUUGGAGAUUGGUUUCUCCUUCUGGCCCAAAUGCCUCUUCCCUUUGGACAAUGGAUCUUUCUAGGUUACUAUCUUCAACUCUCCUUCCCUGAGGGUAGUGCAUUGACCUGUUAAGGCCAGAUGUGAAAUCCCCAAGGUAAGGAUCUCUGAAGAGUUUUUCCAUUGCUUCCAGGGCAUGGGUCAGGCCUAAUUAGACCAACUGUGUUCCAUGCAGUCAGUAAAAAAGUGUCAGCUGUGAGUCCCAUUUGAUCCUGUGGAUUCAAAACACAUGCAUUCUUGCUCCCAAACUCUUAAGCAGCACUGUGUGUGUUCUUACUUCGCAUUCUGAGAAUGCAGGAGACAUUCCAGAUUAGCCAUAGCUAAAUGGCAGCUGACUAUGGGAUUCCUCUGCAAUAGGGGAUCCAUGGUCCUUUGAGUGCUACCCAACCAAAACCAAUUUCUUGGAGUUGGAUAGUUUUUUUUCAUUGAAGAGGAAAACUAACCAGCUCUGGCCCAGAAGAAACAAGGUUGUCCAAGGAGUUCAAGAGACCUCAGUGGAAAUUUGGACUGCCAUAAGACCUUUGGAAGAACAUCACUUAUCUCUGUGCCACAGUUACCCCUAUCUGUAAAAUGGGAAUAAUAAUAUCCAUGCUGCCCAUUCCUACCUCAAAAGGCCUUUAUGAGGUUAACAAGAUCAUAAGGGGAGGUGUGCUUUAAGUUCUUUCAGAAUAAAGAUGAUUUCAAGUGG